AAUCCAUUGGAACACAGUGACGCGAAGAUCGCCUCGCUAGGCGCACGCAGCGCCUCCUACCGACGAUAUAACAAACCUAAAUAUGGGAUUCGAAUUUCAAAAGUGUUUCGUUUAAACAACAAUAUAUUUACGGCCAGUUCUGUGAUUUGAGUGUGUUUAUUUUUUUGUUUUAUUUGUUUUUUAUUAUUUUUUUUUUUCUGAAUUUUUUAUGCGGCUCAGUACGGUACUGGCGUGCCGAUUUGGUUGGAACUAGCGCCCAGCACUUUUGACACAGAUGUUGCGUUAAUAAAUUACCCCCUCCGGGGAGAACGGACACCGACCGGCCUCUAUCACGAUUGGCCACUUCAUCAGCGAUGUCACCUCAAACCAGCUUUAGUAGACUGGAACGGGACUACAUCGCAGUCAUGUGGAGAAGGGGACAAAGUCGCUCGCCGUAGCAAGUUUACUGUCUGCUGUAGGGGGAGAGGUCGCAAAGAUGAAUCUCCUCAAUAUGGACGCGGAGAACCGCGUGGUUCUCAACGUGGGGGGGAUCCGCCACGAGACCUACAAGGCGACGUUGAAGAAGAUCCCCGCGACGCGGCUCUCGCGACUGACGGAGGCGCUCGCCAACUACGACCCAGUGCUCAACGAGUACUUCUUCGACCGCCAUCCGGGGGUCUUCGCGCAGGUUCUCAACUAUUACAGGACGGGUAAACUCCACUACCCUACGGAUGUGUGCGGACCCUUGUUUGAAGAAGAGCUGGAAUUUUGGGGCCUCGAUGCCAAUCAGGUGGAGCCAUGCUGUUGGAUGACAUAUACACAGCAUCGCGACACCCAAGAGACCCUGGCCGUGUUAGACCGCCUCGACCUGGACACGGAGAAGCCUUCUGAUGAGGAGGUGGCCCGCAAGUUCGGCUUCGAGGAAGACUAUUACAAGGGCACCGUGUCGUGGUGGCAGCAGCUGAAGCCGCAAAUGUGGUCGUUGUUCGACGAGCCAUACAGUUCUAAUGCUGCGAAGAUAAUCGGGGUGAUAUCAGUGUUUUUCAUAUGCGUUUCUAUAAUAUCGUUCUGCUUGAAAACGCAUCCGGACAUGAGAGUGCCAGUGAUCAGAAACUAUACAGUGACCACAGCUAAUCAAACGCAAGGCUGGGCUUUGGACAAAGUGCAAACAAACGCCCACAUAGCGUUCUUUUAUAUCGAAUGUGUGUGCAACGCGUGGUUUACUCUAGAAAUCUUAGUGAGAUUCAUAUCAUCGCCCAACAAGUGCGAAUUUGUUAAGUCCUCCGUCAACAUCAUCGACUACAUUGCAACGAUGAGUUUCUACAUCGACUUGAUCCUCCAGAAAUACGCGUCUCACGUCGAGAACGCGGAUAUCUUGGAGUUCUUUUCAAUCAUCAGGAUUAUGAGGCUUUUCAAGUUGACGAGACAUUCGUCUGGCCUCAAAAUUUUAAUCCAGACGUUUAGAGCAUCGGCUAAAGAGUUGACGCUAUUAGUCUUCUUCUUAGUGUUGGGUAUCGUCAUAUUCGCCAGUUUGGUGUACUAUGCAGAAAGGAUACAGACCAAUCCACAUAAUGACUUCAAUAGUAUACCUUUGGGAUUGUGGUGGGCCCUGGUCACGAUGACAACUGUUGGGUACGGUGAUAUGGCGCCCAAAACGUAUGUUGGGAUGUUUGUUGGAGCGUUGUGUGCUUUAGCUGGGGUAUUGACGAUAGCUCUUCCUGUGCCAGUUAUAGUAUCAAACUUUGCCAUGUACUACUCUCAUACGCAAGCAAGGGCCAAAUUGCCUAAAAAACGACGAAGGGUCAUCAACGUCGAGCCUACCAGGCCUCCCAUGCGUGCUCCGGGAGUUCCAGGUCCACCCGGGCCCGGUGGGCCUUUAACAGCUGGCAUGGGACCCCAAGCCGUAAACCGUAGGAUGAACGCCAUAAAAACAAACCAUCCCAAAGAUAUGAUGGGACCUAAUAUGGUUGCAAGCCUGAUGCCUGGAAUGGACAUAUCAGUAGCUACAAGGCUAACUCCGAGUCCUCGUGACAUGAGCCCAGCUUUAGCUAUUGCCCUACCUAUGAUGAAGUCAGUCAACAUUGUACCAGCCCAAUGCUUCGACAACAUGGCAUUUCAUGGCGAAAAACCUGAAGAUGUAAUUGUUAAAGAAAAAGGUGAUAGCAAAAUCAACAGUCGUCAAGAAUCAAUUGAAUCUAAUAAUACUGUGAGAGUAAAUAAUUACAAAAAUGAUAUUUACAAAAACGAAAGUGAAAGAGUCGAUGCCAGAACGCCGCUGCUUAGAGAUCACAAAAUUGAAUCGCUUGAUGAGAAUAAAAUGCGUGAAAACAAAAUUGAGAAGAGAAAAUCUUCAGCUUCGACAUAACAGUUACAUACGAGUAUAACACAUAUAAUGCUGCUUUAUUGACAUGAAAUCAACCAGAGACCAUUAGAACUAAGAAUCGUUAAAACUUCCUGUUUCGCUAACACUUCUGAGUGGGACCGAAUGUGUUAGACUUCGAUCGAAUGUAUAAGUUGUAGUUGUGUAGUGUCGAGUAAUUCUGUAGUGAUUUCAAUGACACAAAACGAGUAUUAGUUAUCAAAGAGAAAAUAAUUUUAUGUUUUUCGGUUUGUAGAAGCACACAUUCUAAUUCACUAUUGUAUUCUUUUUUUUUAUAUACUGUUUUGUCGAAAAAAAAAAAGUUAUUCCUAUUUGUUCAUAAAUGUUACCUAAUAUAUUUACUAUGUCAUGUAAUUACUACAUUUUUAUCUGUAAGUUGGAUGGAUUUAUACAUUUUUAAAUAUCAGCUCGGGACGAAACGAGAAAUGCCUUCAAAAUCAGUGCUAUGACCCUAUGUUAAUGGAAUUAAUCUGUUAAGAUGAAGCAUUCAAAGGCCGUGAUAGACGUAAGAUAGUUAAGAAGUGUUUAAAGCACUCAUUUUACACGUAAUACGUUAGAAUAGUCUUAUCACAAAUAGUCGUUAAUGUUAGUCAAAAUAUUAUGUCUAGACGCCUUAAGUAAAUUCUCAAAAAAACUCUCUUCAUUUGUUCCAUUUUUAAUUUGUAAUCACGUAAAUAUGCCGUUGAGAACACUCAAUUAAGUAUUAAUUUAUUACAAAAUUAUUUUUAUAUGCAUGAUACUUAAUAUUUAAAUUACAUAUCAUCAGUUCCAGGAUGUAUACUUUAAACUACUAAAAGUGUCUAUACAUAGUAGAAAUGACCAUUUAAUCAUUUAUAAUCAUCAUAUGACCAGAUUUAACAUAAAUAAGAUUUAACAGUCCAUUAGUGAAAAUAGCAUGACCUGUAUUGGAUUCCAUAAUUAUGGAAAUUUAUCAAUUAUCACUUUUAUAAUUACGAAAAAUAAAUUGCGUUAAUUAAUUAAAUAAAAUAUUAUGGAAUUCUCAUCACAUAUCAUUGAAAACGACGAAGUAAUUUUAGAAAUUAUAAUUGUACCCCGAAUAAUAAUUUAUACUCACUAUAGUUUUAGCAUUCAUCAAUAAACUCAAGGGGAAUAAACACUAAUUACGACAAUUAAAAACCAGUUCACUUACACAGACUCCACAAAUAUAUAUAAUUUAAAUCAAAAUCAUAAUAUUAUUAAAGAUAUAGUACAAAAUAUCUGUGGAAUCCUUACAGAUCCGUGCUAGUUUCAAAUAAGUCGUUAAUAUAAUGUAUAUAGGAAUAUUAUUACUAGCCGUAAUAAUUUUAUAUCUUGGCUGUUAAUUAUAAAUCACUAUAAUCACAUGGAAACACAUAUCAUCAGCACGAUAUUUCAUUCUUGGUGUUAAAAUUUGUUUUAUGUACAGAUAAAUAGGGAUAAGCUUAUCGCAAGAGCCUACGACGCGGCCAAUUGAAAUACAUUGGUUAGUUUAUAUUAUGCUAUGCAGUAUUGCGCAGUAUCACUGAAAAAACCACGCAAUGUACAUUUGGCCGCAACAUUAUGCCAUAAUGUACGUACUACGUACAUGUGACUUUAGAUAGCAGUCGAUAUGAAUAAAACUUGAAAAGCGUUACCUCGUCAUGAAUAAUAUACUAGACGUAAUAUUUUAUACGAAUUCAUAAAAAAAAAUAUUCAAUAACAUUAGUAAAAUCUUUCGUAAACUUAAAAAGAAACUUUUUAUUUUUGCAUAAAAUAUAUAGUCUAGUAUAAAAUCAUAUGAGGUAUUUCCGAAAACAAACAUUAAGGUACUUACCUCACGUACUAAAUAAACAUUUAAUAAUUUGUAAAAAAAAAAGGUUGAAAAUUUAAAAUCGUUGCAUAGCAACUGUAGGAAAAAUCACAAAGAUAAUAAAAUAUACUGAUUAAAAUUGAAUUUAAAACGUUUUUCUAAAUUUGCGGGACCUUUAAAUAUUAAAUUUAGUGUACUGUAUCUGUUUUUUUUUUCUUUUUAGAAAAAACUUUUUGCAUAAUUUUUCGUUGUUGUUGCAAAAGCUAUAAAAUACGCAUAAAAUGCAAUAAUUUUAGAGUUAUGUAGAUAGCACAAAGUUACGUUUCAAUAAAAUAUAUUUGUAUUAUAUAAUUUAGGCGUAAUUUUUAGUGCAUAUUAUUAUAAAAAAAUGUACCAAUUCAUACAAUGUAAUGUCUUUCUGGCUAAGUAGCGGAUAUGUUUUAGAAAUUUUCGAAUUUUAAUAACAAAAGCCUGGUCCUUAAAACUAUCGUUUUAUAUUAUCUCCAUUUAAAUCACACAUUAUUAUGUGGUAAAUAUAUACUUUGGAUAUUGUUUGCCUUACUUUUUUUAUUAUAAACUUAUUUAAACAUUUUCUAAAUGUACAUUCUUAUGUAUAUUUAAAGCGGAAUUAGCGGACCAGUAACUUAUUUAAAACUUAACGUUAGCUGACCUACUUUGCAAGGACCAUGUACGUUCAACUUGUUACUUAUUUUUUUAAAUGUUCUUCAUAUUUCAAUGCCGAAAAUUAUUAAGAUUGAAUUAUUUAAACUGUAAAUUACAAUUACAGCACAUUAAUUUCAUACUCAAAAACUAAUUUAAAAAAAAAGAAUAUAAAGAUCUGAUAAUACAAUAUUUCUUUUUCAUAUAAAAAAGUAAUUUGGGACCCAGAUAAUCUAUUCCAGUAAACAUGACGACCUCGGUGGCGCAGUGGUAAAGUUCUUGCCACUGAACCUAGAGGUCCUGGGUUCGAUCCCCGGUCGGAUCAUGAUGGAAAAUGAUCUUUUUAUGAUUGGCCCGGGUCUUGGACGUUUAUCUAUAUAUGUAUUUGUUAUAAAAUAUAGUAUCGUUGAGUUAGUAUCCCAUAACACAAGUUUCGAAGUUACUUUGGGGCUAGCUCAAUCUGUGUGAUUUGUCCUAAUAUAUUUAUAAUUAUUAUUAUUUAUGUUUUAUAAAAUUUAUUUUUCUUCUAAAACACUGAUGGUAUACCAAAAAUAUAAUUCAAUGGCACUUUGCCUAAUAAAUUGUCUACUUUAAGUGUCAUUAUAUAAAGUAGAGCGAGAGCCAGAUUCUAUUAUUGCUAAACUAAAUCAAUGUGUGUAAUGAUUUUUUUUUUACUGAAAACUCUUUGGAAAUAUUAAAAAUUAUUUUUCUUUUUUCGCGAAAGUAUCAAGAAAAAAGUAUAUUUUUAUUAUAAUUUCCAAUUUGGUCGUAAUUUUUUUUUAAUUAGUUAUAUUUUCAAAAAGUUUUCUGGCUCUUAGUCUAUGAAUUGUAAAUUGUUGGAUAUUUGCAAGCAAUGACGUAGGAUAAGGCUUACACAGAGAGUGAACAGGGCUUGUAACUUAUUGUAUAGCAUUCUACAUAUUAUACAUAUACAAUUUUGAACAAUACAAAAACAAAUAAUUUGAAAUUGUUCAUUAAAUUAUGUGAAAUUA